ACACAAUCUAAGUCAGCUACCAAGCUUCCUGCCUAGGUUAGGUAUCGUUGAAUUCCCCAGGCUCUUACGAAUUAAUGCCCAGUCGCCUCUCGGAUCCAAUCCAGUCUCUACCGGAUCAGGAAGGUGAAUAAGAAAUCUGCACUUGGAAAGGCUAAGGCAAAACGCCUCACCGAUGCCUUUCGCUCCCAAAACACUGUGCUGCGUCUUGACGGCGUGAGAAUGACCGGACCGCAUAUGAUGGCACCUUCCUUGAACGAGCAAGAUUGGCGCGACUCGGAUUACAGUCUGUGAGACGAACCAAGCACAAACUCGAAACGGAAGAAGAAUGACAAAGACCAAAAUCACUACCGGCACCGUCGCCUUUAAACACCCGUCACUGCCCAAGCCCUGUGAGACAUGGUACAAGGUCUACGGCGACCUGACGUCGUCGGGCAGCGGACGCCCUCUCGUGACUCUGCACGGCGGGCCUGGAAUGGCGCACAACUAUCUGCUGAAUCUCUCUCGGCUGACGACCAACCCGGACACUGCGAUCCCGGUCGUGCUCUACGACCAGAUCGGAUCGGGCCUGAGCACGCAUAUCCCCGAAAAGAGACUAGACACCUCAUUUUGGGUGCCCGAGCUGUUCAUGGCCGAACUGGACAACCUCCUCCGCCACCUGGGCAUCGAAUCGGAUUUCGACCUGCUCGGGCAAUCUUGGGGCGGCAUGCUUGGGGCAAUGUUCGCCGUUCGCGGGCACCCAGGGCUCAAGAGGCUGAUCAUAUCGAACAGCCCCGCCAGUAUGCCGCUGUGGGUUGAGAGCUGCAAUGUCUGGCGGCAGCAGUUGCCUAGGGAGAUUGACGACACCAUCACACGACACGAGAAAAAUGGCACGUACGAUGAUCCCGAGUAUCUGAAGGCCGUCGAGUUCUUUUACAGGAGGCAUCUGUGCAGGAUUUGGCCGUUCCCAAAGGACAUUCAGGACACGUUCGCGUGGGUCGAGAAGGAUGAUACGGUAUACCGCACGAUGAACGGACCAAGCGAGUUCACCGUUGUGGGCAGUUUGAAGACGUGGAGCAUUGUGGAUGAGUUACAUAAGAUCCACGUGCCGACAUUGGUGUUGAAUGCGGAUUAUGAUGAAGCGAGGGAUAGCUGUGUAUACCCUUAUUUCAGCGGCAUCCCAAAGGUCAAAUGGUACACCUUCCCCAACGCGAGCCAUUGUACCAGCGUCGAGAUCCCGGACAAAUACUGUGCUGUUGUGGCGGAGUUCUUGCUCAAUUCCGUCGGCAAUGGGAAGGGGAAAGGGAAGGGUACGAGAUUGUGACAACGCAGUGAGCGGUCACGCGGCGUGAUGUCCGUUCGACGUUGCAAGACCACAGGUAUGGAAUCUGACGGAGGGGUGGGCUCUUUACAAAUGCAGCAGGGACACAGCCCAGCCUUUUCAAGCCAAGAAAGAAAGGGCCGCAGAAGUGAAUUGGGGUACUUUGGCUCAUAAGAGAAAGGAGGUCGAAGUACUAGUAGUGCUUACGGGACGAGCUCGAAUAUAAUUGCCCUUGAAGGCUGGGGGGCAGGCAGCAAGCUUGGUGGCAUGCAUGCCCUUUGGAUGGCGUGGAGGGAUGUGAGAAACGAUACAGGGGUGUCGAUGAGGAUUCGAUCCGUGAGGGUGCAUGGUGUACGAGCUACAGUGAGAACAAGGACAGCGCCUGAUGUUGUGAGAGACAUUGACUCCCAUCCUAAUUAAUAAGACACGAGUCCUCGAGUGCCCGGAAAAAUGCCAAA